CGCUUGCAGAGUGUUCCACCACUCUGCUCUCCAUGAUACGCAGUGCCUCGUCCUCCGUGCAUGCUACCUCCAGCAGCCUCAGAGCGUCUCUACCCUCCUCCGCAGCAGGCUCGCGCUUGCUCUCCACCAGCAUCCAAACAGGCCGUCCGAAACCUGACCGCCCGCGGGGGUUACAACCACCGCAAUCUUCACCUCGUAGGCAGUACGCUCACAGAAAGGACACAGAAACCCACGAAGAUGGACCAACCCGUAUCUUGCGCCCCCUAGUCCCCAAAGCUGCGAAAAGUCGCGGUUUCCCAUCCUCAGAGCGACCAUUACUGCGUCCCUAUGCAUUGUCGUCUCGCUUACAGCAGCUGUGCCGUGAAGGAAAGCUGGAUGACGCUAUAACGCACCUACAAAGCAUGCCUCUCGAUGCCCAGAAUGAAGCGGUCUGGAAUACCAUGAUACAAGCCGCGUUGCGCAAGGAGCGGUACCAGUUGUCAUACCGGCUUUACAUCGAUAUGAAAAGACGUGGCUUCGUGCCAAACAUCAAGACGUACGCCACGAUGUUUGCAGCCUUUAUCGCCGUAAAGGACUGGACGUUGCACGCAAAGCUGCUGCAGCAAGUCGGCAAGCUUCACGAUGAUUACCUGAAGUAUGCUGCCCAUUUCAAGGUGGUUGAUCCAGCAAGCGACGAGCUCAGCACAGCACCUACGAGAGCGUACCUCCGUAUCUUAGGCACUGCUGGGCAGCACCAGCUUAUGUUCGACGUCUUCAACGCUAUGGACGAGGAAGGGCCAAUGGCACCUGACCUCCUAGUUCACAGCGCUAUGCUGCAGGCGGUCUGUAUGCGACAUCCUAUCGGACUUUCUCCCGACGCCCAGUCUGCUGUGAGAAAGGAGAACGCAGCCCAGGCGAAACUCCUUUGGCGGCGGCUUCUCAAGUUCAUCGAGAAGAACCCACCUGCGCAGGUGGACAGUUACCACGUCAGGGAGAUGCUUUACGCUCUUUCACAUAGCAGCCCCUCCGAUCACCUCCUCGCCUUUGACAUCAUACGCGACUAUCUGGGCCUUGCCAAACCUGGCGAGUCACCAAAGCCACCCGUCGUCGCGCUGGAGGGACAUAGUUUCGCGCAAGUGUUGCACCUCUGUAAUUCCUCGCAGAAGUAUCGCCUCACGGUCCACUUCUUCCACGAAGUGUUGCAGCGACCCGUUUCAUCUACCCAAGGAUCUAUCAUUACCGAGGCCCACGUUGAAUCCGUUCUCCGAGCUCAUGCGUCGCUUGCCAUGAUGAACAACGAUGACUACGAAGCCAGACAAGCUCUGGACACUCUGCUGUGGCUCCUCAAAGAGUGGGCCAUCGUGGGUCGCUCCGACCAGCUUCAACCACGGCGGGAACACUUCGACGUUGUCCUGAGCUGCUGUUAUCGAACGGGCAACUGGGCGCUCGCGUCGCACACUUUCGAGGUCCUUACGGGCUACCGCGUCGCUGACUUCGCGGACGGCGCUCCAGCGACGAACGACGAUCAAUUGCAGCCUCACCUGGACAUCCCCGAGGGGCGGACCAGACUUCCCGACACGGUCUUCCUCUCCCAUCUCGUGCGCACGGCCCUCACCUCGGGCGAUGUCGCCAACAUGCGCCAAUGCCUGCGGAUGGUCGAAAUUGUGGACCCGAGCUGGUUCUACCCGCACCCGGAGAACCGAAGAUUCGAUCCCACGGCGAACACACGGCAGAAUGUCGCCAACAACAUGCGCUUCUACGCUUCGAGGCUGGCGGAGGACGUCGUUACGGUCAUCGACAAGGUUGUCCCAAAGGAUGCCGAGCGUGAGAGCCACACGCCGGAGGAGGGGCGGUGGUUGAGGAUGAGAGCCAGAGCGAAGGGUCUGCUGCGCGUAGCUCGCGAGUCCGAUCAUCCGGUGUCAACACCUUUCCUCGCGGAGAACCCGUUGGGUGGGGAACGUAGUCUCGCUGCAACGAACAGCUUCGUAGACUACGACAUGACUGUACGGCGGACAGCGGGAUCACGCUCGACGAAACGAUAGUCGGGCGUCCUUUAUGAGACACUGUUGUCUGCAUCUCGAUGUAUUCGCUGUAUUCUAUGCGUAGGAGGGCAACAUCUUUGAGAAGGAU